GCGAAUACCGUUCUCUGGAGUUCACAGACCUGGCCUUUGAGGUUGGCCACUCCACCCUGCGUGAGCCCGAGGACCGGACACUGUUUGUUUGCAGCAGAAGUGGGCACGUUUUAGAAAUUGACUACAAGAAUGUCACUGUCAAAAAUGUCCGUCGCCUUUUGCCCUUGGAGACGGGACCCGUUCCUCAGCGAGAGAAGCACGCUUUUAAUUCAGGCCCUGGGAUAUCCCUAAACAGCAUCUGCUUCUCUUCAAGUUUCUGUGCCACUGCCUCUGACGAUGGCUACCUGCGCCUAUGGCCCUUGGACUUCUCAGAAGUCUUCCUGGAGGCAGAGCACAACAAUCCAGUGACUUCGGCUCGAAUCAGCCCAGACAAUCUGAAGGUUUUGUGCACCACCGCCACCGGGAACGUGGGCUGCCUGGACAUCCAGUCGAGGAAUUACAGCACCGUCAUGAGGUCCCACAUGGGCACUGUCUUGGCGUUUUCAGUGGACAGUUCCCAGAAACAGCUGGCGACGGUGUCCGAAGACAAUACCAUUCGCAUUUGGAAUGUCGAAUCUAUGCAGCAGCUUUAUGAAUUCACGGCCUCCGACGAAAUCCCGUGCGCUGUGGCUUUUCAUCCCUUGCAACCUAUUUUUGCUUGUGGAUUCGACACCGGCGUGGUCCGAACGAUCAGCUUGGCUGCCUCGAGACUACUUGAAGAACACAAGCAGCACCGGGGUCUGAUUACAGGCCUGACCUUCUCUCAGGAUGGCAACUUCAUGUAUAGUUCCUGCAAGCACGGAACGCUGAGUCUUUAUAACUGCGCCAUCCAGAAGAGUCACACUGUCCGAGUAUUAGCAAAUGUGGUGUCCCAAGACAAUGACCAUGGUCCUGAUGCGUUGUCCGUCAGUUGUGAUGGGCGUCUCUUGGCCUUUGUGGGACCUUCCAAAUACAUCGUCACCCUCAUGGACGCUCAUACUCUGGAUGAG